GACGAGCCGCCAUGGGAGGCAGUGAUUCAGAGAUGGGCGUCGUGGAAAACGCUUCUGAUCUCGUUCAAAAAGUGGCCUCAGGGGGAAUUUUUACUCCACAAGAACCAAUAGACAUCAAAAUAGGAUAUUACGCCGUGCUUAGCACCAUUUUGUUCUUCCAGCUCUUAAAUCGAGUUCUCAUCUACACCGGAGUUCCAAAGAAUGCUCAAGACGAGCCGUGGAAAUGGAGGAAUCUGUUUGUCUCCUGGGUUCACGCCCUGAUCUGCGCCAUUUGGGUGUUGAGCUGUUUCGUCGUCUUACCCGAGAUGGUGGAUGAUCUGGUGGGGCAUUACACCAUGUAUUCGUAUUUGCUUGUAUGUUUUUCUGUAGGUUACUUCAUAUAUGAUUUUGGAGAUAUCCUGGUAAAUAAACACAUGUUGAAGAUGUGGGAGGUGCAGGCACACCAUAUAGCAAUAAAUGUAACCUUUGGUUACCAUGUGCUCUACUGCACGUGUAUAGGCUACAAUGUGGUGGCUUUAUUAGCUGAGGUGAACACAGUUUUCCUCCACACACGCAAGCUUCUACAACUGUCUAAAGUAGAUUACAACCAUUGGGGGUAUCGCCUCAAUGCAGUUGUGAACAUUAUCACCUUUGUAGUAUGCCGGUUUGGAGGGCUCAUUCGUAUCUACUAUGGUAUGGCUACGGAGGCGGACCGCGUGACCCCAUUCUACUGGUGGAUGCUGGCGGCCAGUAUGUUUUGCAUGACUGUUAUGAACCCCAUUCUGCUCUGGAGGCUCUUCAAGAACGAUUUCCUCAGGUCAGACUAUAAGUAUAAGAAGCAGAGGAAUGGAAACAACAAUGAAAUAAGAGCCAAGCCAGAAAUCAAUGGAAACACAGAAGUCAAGAAUGGCUACAUGAAGGCCUCUGUCAAGUUAGAGUAAAUCAGCAAGACUUGGAUAUAUCAAAGGAGAGACACAGACACAUUUAGUUUUAUGUGAAGUUCAAGUGUGAUCAGCACAAGAUCUACUGCUGGGGGGAGUUAUGAUGGAGAAUAAUGUCAGGUAGCUGCAUGGCAGCUUUGCCAUUUCUAGAGGAAAUUCCUAGAAAAUGAGGGGACGCUUUGGUCCACCCUUGACCUAGAAGUGGAGACCCCAUUGCAGACAAAGAUAAUCAAGAAUCUGGGUGAGGGUGAAAUGGUUCAAAAGCCCCCGCUAUUUUUAGACAGACAGCUGUCCUCACAUCUAUAUGGUUGACAUGUAGAAAACUGAUAUUUUUCAAGUUUUUUAAGUGUAACAUAUAUUUGUAUUUUGAUCAGUUUAUUUGAGAAAAUAUACAAGUCUUUAGUGGCUGAGCAGUAGUUUUUUUUUGUACUGGAAUCUCGAUGACUACCAAAGUAAGUCAAGUGGAAACAGGUCAUUUUAUUUUCAGUGUCAAUAUGUAGUUUUAAUAAAUGACAGAGAAUACAAUAGAAGAAAUACACUCCAUCCGUUGUAUAUCUAGGUAGUGCAACUAGCAGAUAAACAUUUUCAACAUCUCCAUUAAUGUAUCAACUGAAUUGUAAAUAUAAAGAGCUAAGCUGAAGUAAGACCUGGUUUUAGAUAAUUUGAGAGGUACAAUAAGCUUUGAAAAUAUUUUAAUGACCAAAAUAUGAUUUAGAUUUAUUUUGAGCAUAUGAUACAUAUUUACACCGGUGAAAAAAGUUUGAAGUCCAUCUCUUUUGCAGUUUUUAGAUUGAUCUUGUGUAAAGCAUAUAUGGCAAAUUUAUAGUUUCAAAGUAAACUUAGUUUUGUUAAUGAUGUUAUGACCAUUAUGUGUCUUCAAGAUGUCACAUUUGAAACAUUUUGACAUCGAUUUUAAAGAAUUAAAAUGCUCUUUAUAAUCAUGACAAAGAUUUUGAUAAUUCGUGAAAGGUAAAAUAAAUAUUUAGAAUAAAGGCAAGAUAACUUGAUAAGUUGGAUAACGAGCAAACAAGCAAUCGGGGUUGGAGCACAUUUUUUUCAUGAUGCUUGAUGGGCAUAGCAGCUAAAAUUUGUGGUCUGUUUGUGUUUCUAUUAUUUUUUAAUUGGGUGUAUUGGUGUGUGUCAAGCAUAAAAACAAAAGGUUUUUCUUUGGGGUCAAUAAAAAAUUUCGGUUCUUGAACCUAUGCCCACUGCUUUUCUUUAAAAAAAAAAUCAGACCUGUGCCCUAAGAAUUGGGGUAGGUCACACUUGUUCACCAACUUAUCAUUUUUGUCUAACCUAAGGGUGAUUUAUCAAAAGUGUAGUCAAAAUCCACUACACACAGUAUUUGGAGCCUGUAAUUUACCUCUAUGCUUUAGAGAACCUUAGGGUGGUGUCUGUAGUAGAAAUAACACCUGUCAGCCAUCACUAAUCAUGUUGUCUAGACUCAAACAGAUUAGGAAUGGAUGUGUAAUUCAAACAUUUCUGAAGGGCUCAUCAAAAUGAAAUGAAGUGAUCAAAUUUCAGUUAUUUUUUCAAGUUUAUAUGUAUAUAUAUUUGAAAAGUGAGAUGUACCACAGGUCACAUGUGCCUUGCAGUGUUUAAGGGGGG